AUACACCAGUAGCAAUACAAACAGGAGAGGGAGGCCUGAUAAGGAAACGAUGUGGAAGGGCGCAACUCAGGGGGGGAGAGAGAGAGAGAGAGAGAGAGAGAGAGAGAGAGAGAGAGAGAGAGAGAGAGAGAGAGAGAGAGAGAGAGAGAGAGAGAGAGAGAGAGAGAGAGAGAAACCAGAAGUUGUACAAAAAGCUGGCAGUUGGAUUUCUUCAAAACGUCCGUACUGAGCAAUUGUUUGGUUCUUUAGCAGAACUGGACAUAAACCAUCAACAACAUCAGUCCAAUAACAUGCAUUGAGUGCAUUUAUGAAGUUCAGCACUUGGAUCUUCAUCAACACACUAUAUUGCACUUCGAGAUUGACUCAAUCCUGUUUUUGUUUUUCCUGCAUUGAGACGACAGGCCAACAGCAACGACACCAGCCACAGGGCUGAUUACAGGUUCCAGGACCAAGACACUAGCCAGAAGAGACGUUGGGGUCAUGGUUUGGUUUGCGGAGGUAUGAGCUGUGCAAGCCGGGAACGAAGAGUGUCCAGAGGUUCAGCAAUCAAUAGCCGGGAGACUUCAAGCAGACGGCUGACGGGACAAUGAGAAGGGAAGCCCAGUAGAGAUAGAAGAGGUGAGGGGAAGACGGACACAAACCCAGGAGAGGGUCUGAAGAUGUUUUUUUCGGAUGUGCACCGGUGAGGCCUGUUAGUUUUGUUUUGCACUGAUGUGUGUGUAGUGUGUGUAGUUUUUGCCACUUUACUUUCACGUGGAAACGGAAAACAAAACGACACAUUCUGAGCCAAUCCCCGACCAAUCAGCGGGUGGAUGUUGGUGAAUCCGACGGGAUUUCCGUCUCGGAGGAGCGAGCGAUGGGGUCCUCGGGGCGGCCGACCGACGCACCCUGGUCCUCGUCGCUGUCGUCCAGGGGUUUCCUGGACUCCUGGUCCUCUUUUCCCGAGCCCUCCUCCGGCCACCUGCAGCUGGACGCGUUGGACUUCUCCGAUCUCUGGGACGACGAGGACCUGGGACUGGACAGUCCCGAGGCGGACCGGACCAACUGCACCCCCGACGGCCCCGCAGGACUCGGCCAAGCCCCGCCCCCGCCACCCCUCCCGCCGCCGCCCCCGCCCCCCCUGCCCUCGUCGCCUGCGGCUCCACCCGUGCCCGGCGCACCUGGCGCCGCCGCCCCCCUGAAAGGCCGCACCCUGAAGCUCCACUGGAGGGAGCUGGGUGUCCUGCUGCCCCUGCCCCGGGUCACCCGCUUCGGGCGGCAGACCAUCUGGGCCGGGAUGCGGCCCGUCGCCCUGGAUACCACGCAGCUGGAGUACCUGUUUGGGACCAAGAGCCAUGGCAACCUGAGCAAGGUGUUUGGUGGGCGCCAGAAGCAGCUGUCGGUCUCCGUGCUGGAGAUGAAGAGGAGCAACAUCAUCACCAUCGCCCUCAGCAGCCUGCCCCCCCCUCGCCUGCUCCCCCCACUCAUCUACAGGAUGGACAGCAGCGUGUUGGACAGGGACGACCUCCAGCGUCUUACCGCGCUGGUGCCCACUGAAGAGGAACUCAGCUUAAUCCGGGAGGCCAAGGCCCAGUCCCCCAACGCCCCUCUCGCCCCGGCCGAGCUCUGCCUCCUCACCAUGGGGGAAAUUCCCCACUUGAGCUCCAGGCUUCAGCUGUGGGCCUUCGCUCUGGACUAUGAUACCUUAGAGAGGGAGAUAGCUGAACCACUUUUCCACCUGAAGACUGCCACGGAGCAGCUGGCGGGCAGCCAGACCUUCAAGCAGAUCCUGGCCACCGUGCUCGCUAUCGGGAACUUCCUCAACGGCUGCAAGGCGAGAGGCUUUGAGCUGAGUUACCUGGGCAAGCUGUCUCAGGUGAGGGAUACCCACUCCCGCCUGCCCCUGCUCCACCACGUGUGCGCGCUGCUGCUGGAGCUCCACCCUCAGGCCUCGGACCUCCACUCUGACAUCGGCGCCGUCACCAAGGCCGGCAAGUGUGACUUUGCCGCCGUCCUGUCCAACCUGGCCCAGCUGGAAGGCAUGGUCAAAUCGUCACGGCAACACCUUCAGGCCCUGGAGCGCGCGGAAGACAGGCCGAGGGGCGUGAAGGGGGCGUGGAGGAGGGAGAGCGAGCAGAGGGUGAAGGUUCUGCGGGCGGUCCAUCGGCGAGUCAUCAACAGGUUCCAUUCCUUCCUUCUGUUCAUGGGCUACUCGCGGACGAUGGUGAGACACAGCAGCCCCGAGGGGUUCUGCAAGACCAUCAGUGACUUCUCUCUGGAGUACCGGACCACGCGGCAUGGCAUCCUACACCAGCGGGACAGGGAGGGGGCGAGAGAGACGGCCGGGCGAGGGGCGCCAGGAGAGAGAGGGAAACACAACAAGGUAGCACAGGUAAAACCACAGGACAGUGGGGACCAGAGUAGACUAGAGGAGGUCCUUCUGACGCCGGGGUCCUCUGAAAGACCGGACCACACCUUACCUCGCCACCGCCGGAGACUCACUGAGACCCCAGAGCUCGUCUUUUUGAGUGGGGCGUGA